UUGAAGAAGAAGAAAAGGAGAAGGAGGAAGUAGAAGAACUGUCAUGACCGUACUAUUAGGAUGCUCUAUUAUUCUUGUAGCGUGCUUGCUACUUAUUAUACGUUUAUAUAUAGUUGUCAGGAAUGGGCGCAACUAUAAACCUGGUAACAAAGGUCGGAUUGGGCUCCUUGUCGUUGCAGGAUCAGGUGGUCACACUACAGAAAUCCUGCGAUUGAUGAAGAGCCUUUCCAGUGCCUACUCACCUCGAUUCUACAUUAUUGCGGAUACAGAUACGAUGAGUGAAGAAAGAAUCCGUGCAUUUGAAAAAUCCAAACAGAUCUUGGAUUGUGAUCCACAAUUUACCAUUCAUCGGAUCCCUCGGAGCCGAGAGGUACAUCAGUCGUGGAGUUCUUCAGUUUUAAGCACACUGAAUGCCCAAUUUUACGCUAUACCCCUGAUCUUCAGGCUCAGACCAGAUAUGGUGCUGUGUAAUGGCCCAGGAACCUGUGUUCCCCUUUGCCUCGGAGGACUCCUGCUUGGAAUUGUGGGAAUUAAGAAAGUCAUGAUUGUUUUUAUUGAAAGCCUUUGUCGGGUGGAGUCGUUGUCGCUCACAGGGAAAAUCCUUUACCACGUUUCAGACUUUUUUUUUGUGCAGUGGGCCAGUCUGAGGAACAGCUAUCCAAAGUCCAUUUUCCUCGGCAGAAUUGUGUAAUCGUUACUUUUGUAUCAAGAAGGUGGCGCACAGAAUGUUUUUGGAUCAAUGUUACUUUUUCAUUUUUGUUGACGUCACACCACACUUACAAGUGAUUCAAAGUUGGUGGCGCGCUCGUAAAACAAACUAGGGGUGCCACUGCAAAAUAUUGAACCGUUCAGUCGGCUCUGUACGGGACAAUAUGCCUUAAUGGACUGUGGGAUUUUGUUACUUCAUUUACACACAUGCAUUUGUAUUCAAACCAUUCCAACUUUUUACUAUGCCUACUGUCUCCAAGAAUUCUCCCCUAUUAAAAAUUCUACAUUCUCUCCAUUACAAGACCCUCUUGUAUUUGGACUCAUUCCGUUUCCUCCCUUUAAUUUUGACAUUUCUUGGCUGAUUCAAACUUUAAACUAUUCCGUUUAUGUUUCAUGUAAAAGCUGACUGUAG